AUGCCCGCGCAGACUAUAACUCCUCCGCCAUCGACAAGGCUUCAGUAUUCCCAAUUGACGUCGUCUGUAUCAACCCCAGGAAGAGCUUCCUCUGCCGAUGUUGAUCGUUUGGUCCAGAUCCUUCAACAACAAAACAACGAUGAUCUUACCCACAAGUUGGAAAAUUUCUCCGUGAAGGAGCUCAGUAAGGCUCUUGUAAGUGGCCCGCUGGAUUUCCUAGGUUGGGAAGGUGAACCUCCUUCCCUCGCAGCUGCCCAAGAAGCUUUAGAAGUGAUGAAGAAUCGUGUGAGAUCAUCUUCUCCUUCCCCGAAUGCUGAAUGUACGGAAGUGGACGUGUCCCUCCCCUCCGAAACAUACAUGGGCGAAUAUCCAGAAUGGGCUGGAUGGAACCAGAACCAAAAUGGGUCGACGAGUACCAUCACACGACCUCCAGACACUUCCGUCCAGGGAACUGACUGGGAUGGAUAUUAUGAAGAUCAGUAUGAGAGGUAUCAGGUGACGGGUAAUCCUGAUGAUCUCUAUGCGGGGUUAGGGGAUCAGGAUGGGCUGCCUUAUCAGAAUCAACAAUUUGGUUAUGACAAUGUACCCAUCAAACAGGAAGAGGAAGAAGACGAAGCAGAUCAAGAUGCUGACGCUGUGGCAGAUAUCGAUAGAGAAACCAUCUACCAAGAUUAUAAACUCGUGUUUGAGAGCAUGAGCAAAGAAGAUCUUGAGAAUGGUUUAGGGCCCGGAAAUGAGAGCAUCUUUCAUCAAUGGACUGCUGGCCAUCCCUUAAUGAGUAGACUAGACAAUGAUACAAAGGCUCAGAUCAGUAUGGGAGCUUGGUUGAUGGCUAAGAGGAUGUCGAUGGAAAAGGACAACACUUGGUGGAACGAGUCGACUUUCGACGUGCGGAGUUAA